ACUCGCGCCCCAGACCCCGGGGUGACCAGCUUGGGGGCUACCACCUCCAGCGAGCGCGGAGGUUGCGCUCCUGUUUCGCGCUCCCAGCAUCCGCCGCCAUGGCCUGGACCAAGUACCAGCUGUUCCUGGCCGGGCUCAUGCUCGUCACCGGCUCCAUCAACACGCUCUCGGCAAAGUGGGCGGACAACUUCGUGGCCCCAGGCUGCGGAGGGAGCCAGGAGCACAGCUUCCAGCAUCCCUUCCUCCAGGCAGUGGGCAUGUUCCUGGGGGAGUUCUCCUGCCUGGCUGCCUUCUACCUACUCCGGUGCAGAGCUGCAGGGCACCCAGACACCAGCGCGGAUCCCCAGCAGCCCUUCAACCCCCUUCUUUUCCUGCCCCCAGCCCUCUGCGACAUGACCGGGACCAGCAUCAUGUAUGUGGCCCUGAACAUGACCAGUGCGUCCAGCUUCCAGAUGCUGCGGGGAGCAGUGAUCAUAUUCACAGGCCUGUUUUCGGUGACCUUCCUGGGACGGAGGCUGGCACUGAGCCAGUGGCUGGGUAUCCUCGCGACCAUCGCAGGGCUGGUGGUCGUGGGCCUGGCUGACCUCCUGAGCAAGCACGACAGUCAGCACAAGCUCAGCGAAGUGAUCACAGGUGUGGCCGGGGUGGGCAUCCCGGGGCUGCCCAGCACAGAGUCACCCGACAAAGCAUUUUACAAGCUCUGCUGUCCGCCAAGCCCUGGGGGAGGGCAUGUGGGACACCAGCUGAUGUGGACAUGCACCUGCUCUCGAGCCACACAGACUGCAGGAUCCGGAAGAGGAAAGGAAUGCAUGUUGACCGAGCACUUACCGAGCGCCCAGGCAUGCUUCGCACUGUGCCGUCAUCACUGCCAUCCUCACAGUCCCGGAAAGGGAGCACUGCAGCCCAUUUUACAGGGACCUGCUGAUCAUCAUGGCCCAGAUCAUCGUCUCCAUCCAGAUGGUGCUGGAGGAGAAGUUUGUCUACAAGCACAACGUGCACCCACUGCGGGCAGUCGGCACGGAGGGCCUCUUUGGCUUCGUGAUUCUCUCGCUGCUGCUGGUGCCCAUGUACUACAUCCCUGCCGGUUCCUUCAGUGGAAACCCUCGCGGGACACUGGAGGACGCGCUGGACGCCUUCUGCCAGGUGGGCCGACAGCCACUCAUCGCGCUGGCGCUGCUGGGCAACAUCAGCAGCAUCGCCUUCUUCAACUUUGCAGGCAUCAGUGUCACCAAGGAGCUGAGCGCCACCACCCGAAUGGUGCUGGACAGCCUGCGUACCAUUGUCAUCUGGGCCCUGAGCCUGACGCUGGGCUGGGAGGCCUUCCAUCCGCUGCAGAUCCUUGGCUUCCUCGUCCUGCUGGCGGGCACAGCCCUCUACAACGGGCUGCACCGCCUGCUCUUGAGCCGCCUGUCCAGGGGCCGGCCCCCGGCGGAGGAGGGCGAGCGUGAGAGACUGCUGGGGGGCCCUCGGACUGCCAUCAACGAUGCCAGCUGAGCCUCCCGCUCUACUGCCACCUGGACGCUCCUUGUUCACCCUGAGGCUGAGGCCACGUGGGCUGGUGAACCUCAAGUGCCCUGUCCCCGAGGCCUCGCCCUGCCCCCUCCCCACAGAUUUCCCCCUGCCCCGGCCCAGGGCAGCUGCUGCCACAGAAGAUGACACAACACCCAGGUCCUCCUUUGUCACCACCCCAUUCAGGCCUGAGUGCAGUGCCCGACCCCCAGCAGGCUUCCCCAGCCCCUCCUGCAACACUAGAGCUAAAUCGUGGAGUAGAAUUGCAGGAACCAGCAGCCCUAGGGUUUCCUCCUAAACCGUAAGCUAAAUGUGGUUCUCCCAAGAAGAGAGGUCACUGAGCAAAUUCUAAUAGAACUAAGCACCACAGUUUCUAAAACUUGUAAGAUACGCCCUAACCCUGUCUGGGAACCGAGGUUUCAGCCAGGGCCUUGCCGCAAACUCAGCGUGUACUCCCCAGCCCUGUACGUGGUCACUCUGGGCCCUGGCGUCCUGCUCUGCAGAAGGUGUCCACGGUGUGGCUUCUGUGCCUUCCGGCCCAACUGGGCCCAUUCUGCAGGCCUGUGGUUUUGACCAACCUGGGGAAAGAGUGACAGCCCGUUUAUUGAAGAAGCCCCCUGCCCACGGUGCUCCUCCGCACGCCUGCUCUGGCAUCCUUGCUCACACCUUGAAGUCCUCCCCACCUGGGAGAAGUUACAGGGGGAUUUCCAGGCAGCCCUUGAUAAUAGCUUUUAUGAACUCUUCACCUUCCAUUUUAAAGAUGAGGAAACUUGAGUCCCAGAGUUAUAAGUUGUUUGGCCAAAGGGCUCUCCUGCCAUGGGCUCUGGCCGUGCAGCCACAGGACCAGGCAGUUGGCUGGGUUGUAGAGCACGCCGGGGGUUCUGCCUCACCCCCAGCCACCCGACAGACACCAUGGAGAACCCUCCAGGGUGAUGGGUUUACCGGGAGUCUACCGUUGAGAGUGAUGCUGGUAUCCCAGGCGUUAUGUUAAGUGCUUAGCUUUCAUUCUCUUGCAUAACAGCCUGCACAGGUGGAUGCAGGUGAGAAAAGUGUGGCCCAGAGAAGGUCAAGUGACUUCCUCGUGGAGCCGGUAUGUCAAGCUGGGUUUGCCUGAUUCCAAGCCUGUGGGCCCACUUACCAUAAGAGUCUCUGAGAUCUUUGGGGGUACUUCCUGUGGCUGGGAGAGAGGCAUCCUGUGCUGUUAUCCUCCCAGUAACCCCACCCUGAAGAGAGGGGCUGGCAGCAGGGACCCCAGGGAGCUGAGCGGCCCUUCAUUCCAGUGGUCCUCACUCUGUGGCAGAUCACUUUCCUGGGCAGCUGAAUCGUGAAACAAAUACCGAAUGCCUUCCUUAAAGUAGAUCCUGGGAGAAGGGAUCUCUGACAAGCAAAGCCCUCGGGCUGUGGGAAUCCAGCGGGUUCUUACCAUCGGGAGGGAAAGGCCUCUCCAUCCCACCAGCUCCGAGUCUCGGGGGGCCCUGAGCUCCUCUGGGCCACGGUGUGUGUCACAGGAAGAAGGAAAUGGAGAUCGAGGGUGGUGGGUGCUAUAGCUGCUUUGUCCAAAAAACGGGCCUUACAGUGUUGUGUCAGGCUUUUUAUUUUUAAAAAGAAGAGGGGAGUUGGCAGUGUGGACUUUUUUCUUUAAUGAGAGGGAAGGAGCACAAGGGUUAGGACAUUCCUGGAGGUAACGUCUAGAACGUUGGAUGGAAAAGCUGUAAAGUACCAAAGCAUAGAAAUCACGUGUGGAUUUUAGCAUUGAAGGGUUGGGGGGAUUAUAAUGGGACUUCAGUGGUGAGAGGUGGCAGAGGAUGGGGAGGGGACUUAUGGUCAGGCCUGCCACCCACUCAGGCAACUCACUUUAUCUCCUGGAGCUUUGGGUCUUCACAUCUCUAAAAUGGGGAAGCCUGCAUCUCACAGGAUGGCUGUGAAUAUUGCCUAAGAUAUACAUGGAAGGUGGCUGUAAAUGCCAACGUACAGUGGAGCGUCCUGUAAGGCGGCACUGCCCACCAGGGUGGUCUGUCAGGCACUGAAGUCCCAGCAGAGCCAUGGUGUGGAGCAUCGGUUUUGCUUGGAGGGGGAGAAAUGUUUUGUUAAAACAUACCAUUGUGGAGUAGAGUGUAAACUUCGCAUUGAUUAUACGAUAAAACAGGA